AUGCUGCUUCAGACAAAGGCCCUAAUACGCUCCGGCGGGAGUAUCGCCAAGUAUGCUGCUGCUAACCCAUCAUGCUUCGUUCUCCAACGAAGAGGACUCAGGCGCAGCUUCGGACCAAAGUACACGGCCAAGAUCAACGAGGCCGAGGCAAAGUGGCAAGCGAGGGCAGGGGCGAUCAAGGAGGGCAAGAAGCAAAAUACCUGGGACUUCUUUGAGGAGAGGGGUUAUAUCAAGGAUACGGCUGGCAAAAAAGAGCACAUCGCCGAGCUUAUGAGGACGAGACGAAUCGGCGCAUAUGUCGGCAUCGAUCCCACCGCACCAUCACUACACGUCGGCCAUCUACUCCCCCUGAUGCCGCUCUUCUGGAUGUACAUGGAAGGAUACAAAACAUUCACCCUCGUUGGCGGCUCGACGGCAAAGAUUGGAGACCCGACAGGCAGGCUAAAGAGCAGAGAUCAGUUGAGCAGCAGCGAUGCGACAAUGAACAUGACCAAGAUUCACUACCAACUAAAGAAGCUGUGGGAGAAUGUGGACACUCAGAUGCGAGCGCGUGGUUACGAGGCCGAUUGGGCACGGACGCGAGGUAUCGUCAAUAACAAUCACUGGUGGAACAAGCAGCCCAUGCUCGAGAUUCUGAGGAGGGUAGGUCACGCCUUGCGCAUCGGCCCCAUGCUAUCGCGCGAUACCGUCAAGAACAAGAUGACCCAGGGAGACGGCGUGUCUUUCGCCGAGUUCACCUACCCCAUCAUGCAGGGUUGGGAUUGGUUCGAAUUGUUCUACCAGCAGGGAGUUCAGAUGCAGAUCGGAGGCUCUGAUCAGUACGGCAACAUCAUUUCUGGUCUCGAAAUCGUCAAGGCCGCCCGAGAAUCCGAGCCCGACCCGGCGGAGCGCAAAUAUAUCGUGCCCAAGACUUCCCUUGACGACUGCGUCGGCUUUACCGUUCCCCUCUUGACGGACUCGUCCGGUGCCAAGUUCGGCAAGAGCGCGGGUAACGCCAUUUGGCUUGACCCCUAUCAGACCUCCGUCUUCGAUUUCUACGGUUACUUCGUCCGCCGGUCCGACCAAGAGGUUGAGAACCUCCUUAAGCUCUUCACCUUUAUGCCCACCAGCGAGAUCGCCGAGACUAUGGAGGAGCACGCCAAGGACCCUAGCCAGCGUGUCGCGCAACGUACCCUUGCUCGCGAGGUUGCCACGCUGGUGCACGGUGAACAGGAGGCCAGUGCCGCUGAGGACCAGCAUCGCAUGAUGUACACCGGCCCCCCCCAAAUGACCAUUCCCCAAGCUCCUCGUGCCAAGGACGCAGCCACCGGUGGUGAUCAGUACCAGACGAUCCCAGACAAGCCCGUCACCCUCAACAACGCGCCCCGUAUCGACAUGAUCCUUCCUGAGUCGCUCAUCAUGGGCAAGUCCAUCGGCCGCAUCCUCUACGCCGCCGGUCUCGCCAGCAGUGCCACUGAGGGUCACAAGCUCGCGGCUUCCCAGGGCUGCUACGUCGGUGGAGCGCACAGAGCCGGCAGCGACAACGUCACCAUGAGCCCGGACCUCGUCUCCUUCAUGCCCGUCAAGCUGUGGUUCCCCGGCGAGACCCAGCGCUACCUGAUCAACGACAACCUGCUCAUUCUCCGCAAGGGCAAGCACAACGUGCGUGUGAUCCAGAUGGUCAGCGACGCCGAGUAUGCUUUGUCGGGCCAGUCGUACCCCGGACAAGCCUUUACUGGCGCGGUCAGGAAGCUGAAUGAGAUCAUGAAGAACCUCAAGGAGAACAAGUUGACCCCUGAACAGGCUAAGGAUGCCGUGAACGAGUUGCAGAGGAGCAAGCAGGAGAAGCAGCAGGGCCAGCAGAUCGUCUUUCCCGAAGAGAAGAGCAGGCAAAAGAAGGAUAUGGAGAUCAAGCUCAAGCAGGAGAUGGACGCGACGAUAAAGACGAUUGAUAGCAUGAUUGGCAAGAACCCCUCGGGGCGGAGAGUCGAGGUGAAGAAGGAGAACAAGGACGGCAACGAUCCGUAUAAGUGGUAG